AUGUCACCACCCAUUCUUUCUGUCAUGGCGGACACUGUUAGGGAGCUUGAGGAGGGCGAGGCUUUGGCUGGCUUGUGGACGCUAUUUACGAAAUGCAAAGAAUCACUCAAAGACAGGCGUCGACUGGAGAACAUGUCUUGUAGGCUUUGGUAUCACGAACUGAUGUUGGCUGGUCCACCAUCAGAGAAGAAGAAGCACCCAGUCGAGAGAGAUGGAGAUGGAGAUCAUUGUCCGCUUACCCUGACUUUGGAUGUGGAUGAGAGGGCUUUACUGGACGAACCCUGCUCAGUCAGGUACAAUCUAUCCAUUUUACCCCUCCUUCCUCUGUCAGAACCCACUAUGACAAGGGAGGCCGUCAUUUCUGCAGCAGAGUCGUUACCUAUGCCUGCUGUGGUGGAUGUUGCAGGUGGUUACGUGUCUUCUGGGACGGUUGCAGAGUCUGGAGGCUCCAUUCCCUCAACAGCAACAGCACAGGGCCCUCCAUCUCCACCUUCAUCCACCACCUCUCCCAUGCCUUCGUCAACAUCCGCCAUCCCCUCACUCCCUCAAUUCCACCACUAUCAAUGUCAACCCAAAUAUCGAUACAAACCACAACCCCACGCGCACCAUCACCACCAUGCCUGCUCCUGUGCUUUUAAGUGUGGGGGAGAGGGCUCAUGGGCAGUGUCUUACUUUGCCUGGAUGAGCUGGGACACUCUCAGCUGUGAGAUUUGCGUUGAGGCUCGAACAAACGUGGAUGAACCCAAAGACAAUGUGGAGGCUUGUAUUCGCAAAGGUGAGGACAUGGUCGAACCACAUGACAAAGACGCAGACUCCAACAGCAAACCGUAUCACCACCAUCAGAAGUGCAACUCGACCUCUUUGAUGAGCUCACGUGCUUCUUCCGCCAUGUCAGUGUUGACAGGGAGCCGAGUGUACUUCGCCCUCUGCUUCACCUUUGCCAGCAGAGCCUUCACACCAGUCACCCAAAUCCACAUCAACGAAUGCACAUUCCCAGUCACCCAAGCCCUCUCAGCUCAUUCUCACUUGCGCUCAUCCACCACCUCUACUACUACUAUUACAACAACAGCAACAACAGCCUGUGCUCAUGCUCAUGCGCUGCAGCCUGCUCCACCCAAUGCCAUCACUCGUCGAGCAAGUAGUGGUGGUACAAGUCAAAGUCAAAGUCGGCCCUUGCUUUCCGUUUCUGGCACUUCUACAUAA